AUGGUACCUUCGUCCUUGCUAGUUGGUAGAACUGGUCGCUGGUCUUCAUCGCUGAUCGUCAGUCGCUGCUCGCCGGUCGCUGCUUCAUCGGUCGUUGCUCGCAGAGACACCCCAAUCAAAAACAAAACCGGAGUUUUCAAGAUCGCCGACGAUGGCAACAUCGCCAUAUUCGACACCGACAACGAAAAAGGGCUACCGCUGUGGUCUACCAAUGUGUCAUCAGUUAUGAUCAACUCGACCGCGGUGCUCUUACCUUCAGGCAAUUUGGUUCUGAUCACAACAAACGGGUCGGAGCAUACCCACAAUGUUGUUGUAUGGCAAAGCUUUGAUUACCCGACUGAUUCGGUUUUACAGGGAAUGAAACUGGGGUUGGAUAGAAGGAGCGGUCUGAACAAGGUCCUGACUUCCUGGAAGUCAGGGGAUGACCCGGCACCGGGGAAGUUCUCAAUGGAGGUUGAUAUACACGGCUCGCCUCAGUUCUUCAUGUACAAGAAUUAA